AUGGAGGUCGACUUGCCCGACACUUCUUACCGCCUCCACCAUGUUGAAGACCUUUGGUUUGACGACGGAGACAUUGUCUUGCAAGCAGGCGUUGCCCAAUACCGUGUAUACCGUGUGGUGUUGGGAAUGCAUUCUCCCGUCUUCAAAGAUAUGCUUGCAUUUCCGCAGCCACCAGACUCAGAGUUGGUAGAAGGACAACCAUUGGUGGUGCUUCAAGACCUGGAGGUGGAGGUUACUGCUUUCCUGAGAGCGUUGUUCGAGCCAGAAUUCUUCCCAGCAUUCCCGGCUAUGACCAACUUCACGACCAUCUACGGCUGCAUUCGACUGGGUAACAAGUACAGUGUCGACUUUCUGCUACGACGAGGCCUUGUCCACCUCUCGUCACGGUUCAUGACCAGCCUCACCCGGUUUGACGCUUCCGCCAGAGGCGACCACGAAGGCCUCUACACCCCUGAAUUCACGGAACAAAAGCCGGCCAACGAAAUCGUGUCCUGGAAGCCACCACUCGACCGCUCAUUCCUCAUUUGCGUUAUUGCACUCGCGCGCGAAGUCGACGCGCUGUGGAUCCUCCCCAACGCAUUCUACGACCUCACAUUCCACUUUGACGCCCUUCAAGACAAUAUAUUUCACGAGAACCUUUUCGACGGCGUCAUACCCGUCGUGCUCAGCCGCAAGGAGCAGCGCGAGUGGGUCGUAGGAUUCGAGGACCAGAUCUCUACAACGGCAGACAUCGUGCGAUUCCUGACCUACCCGCCAGUCAUCGAUGGGUGUCUCACGCCCUCCAAGUGCCCUCUUGUCCGCUUCAGAGCCGCGGACUACGGCCGGCAGAUGAUUUCGUCGUUCAGUCGCGGACCACUGAGUGCAUGGGCGGAAGACGACUGGGAUAAGCUCCAGAAACUAUGCCCAGUUUGCAUGAAGAAGCUGCGAGAGCUUCAUCAGGAGGCGAGGAGGACCUUUUGGGAGGAUUUACCCGAUAUAUAUCGGCUCCCACCAUGGACAGAGCUGUUAAAGCUCAAGCAGGCAGUCAUUGGCGAUAUAUUAGCGUAG